AUGGCACAGCCCUCGCCCUUUCUCGAGCCAGGAAAUGUCACGAGUCCAGGAAACCUUGCAAUCAUCUUGCUCUCUCGCGACAAUCUUCAGCCCAUCACCCUCGAGCAGUCAACAGGAGCUGUCGAUGGCUACCUUGAAGGCGCAACAUUGAACACUCGCUUCGGGUCGUUUCCUCACUCAACGCUGCUCAACAUCCCAUGGGGAUCUCAAGUUCGCGCCUCGGCCGUUGAUACGGGCUCAAGAGGGCGUAAGCGACGUCGAGAAGCCACAGACGAGGACACACCGACGACAACUGGCCCGGACGACGAUGUCGCGGAUGCAAAGUCCAAGCAGGUCAAGAAGGCAGUAACUGCUUCCAGUGGCUUCAUUCAUAUCUUGCGACCAACUCCUGAGCUCUGGACGAGCAGUCUACCCCACCGAACCCAGGUUGUGUACACCCCCGACUAUAGCUAUAUCCUGCAACGAAUUCGAGCGGUACCUGGUACUCGCAUCAUUGAGGCGGGAGCCGGGAGUGGUAGCUUUACGCAUGCGUCUGCAAGAGCCGUGUACAAUGGCUACCCGAAGGAUGAGGACGACGUGAGGGGCAAGGUCUUCAGCUUUGAGUACCACGAGCCACGGUAUAACAAAAUGCAGGAGGAGAUUCACAAUCACAAAUUGGAUGGGGUUGUCAAGAUUUCACAUCGCGACGUCUAUAACGAAGGAUUCCUCGUCGACGGCAAAUCUCCCCGCGCCAACGCCGUCUUCCUCGACCUACCAGCUCCAUGGGAAGCCCUCCACCACCUCUCACGGCAGAGACCCGACAAGGCAAGCAAGGACGGAGAUGCCGAAACACCAGAAUGGGUUUCACCUCUGGACCCUAAGAAAUCCGUCCACAUCUGCACCUUCUCACCCUGCAUAGAGCAAGUCACACGGACGAUAGAGGAGCUCAGACUCUUGGGUUGGACCGACAUCGACAUGGUUGAAAUUUCACAUCGACGAUUCAACGUGGUCCGUGAGCGCAUCGGAGCGAAUCUCCCCAACGAGAGAGGCAACAUCCUGGCUCCUGCGGACGUGACGGAGGCGGUAGAGAGACUCAAGGAAAUCAACCGCAAGACCAAGGAAUUCCACAAGGCGCAGCUUCAGGCAGCAAAUGGCGAGGGAGACUCGUCGGCCAUGGACGUCGACACGCCGGCACCUGCACCCAAGUCCAACGGACAGCAGGAGGAUUCGAAGCCGUGGAUGCACGGCAAGCUCUACCACCGGCCCGAGACGGAUCUCAAAACCCACACGUCUUACCUCACCUUUGCGGUGCUGCCGCGCGAAUGGACCGAGGAGGAUGAGGCGGCGGCAUGGGAGAAGUUCCCCUGCGGAAAGGAGGGCGGAGUCAUCGGUAGCCUCAACAAGCAGGCUCGGAAGCAGCAGACGAGAGAGAAGCUGGCGGCCAAGAAGAAGCGCAAGCAAGGAAAUGAUACCCAAGCAGCAGCGGCAGCGGGAGAUACGGAGGACAAGGCAGAGACACAAUAA